AUGGCGUUGGAGGCAGCGCAGCUGGUGGCGGGGCUGAGGGCAACCUUUGUGAGUGGCAAAACCAAGAGCUACGAAUGGCGGGUGUCCCAGUUGAAGGCCGUUGUGAAACUAGCUGAUGAACGUGAGAAAGACAUAAUUGGUGCUCUUCGCUCUGACCUCAACAAACCAGAAUUCGAGUCCUAUGUCCACGAGAUUUCUGGAGUAAAAAAGUCGUGCAAGUUGGCAUUGAAGGAAUUACAACAAUGGAUGACUCCAGAAAAAGCGAAAACCUCAUCAACCACAUUUCCGUCGUCAGCUGAAAUAGUUUCGGAACCCCUAGGUGUCAUAUUGGUCAUAUCGACUUGGAACUAUCCUUUUUUGUUAUCUCUUGAUCCAAUUGUUGGAGCUAUCUCAGCUGGUAAUACUGUAGUGUUGAAACCGUCAGAAAUCACCCCUGCCACAUCCUCAAUGCUUUCAAAGCUUAUCCAUGAAUAUAUGGAUUCUUCGGCUGUGAAAGUUGUUGAGGGUGCCGUGCCUGAAACAACUGCAUUGCUGGAGCAAAAAUGGGAUAAAAUAUUCUAUACAGGGAGUUGCAAGGUCGGACGCAUUAUAUUAGCUGCUGCUGCAAAGCAUCUUACGCCCGUGAUUUUGGAGCUUGGUGGAAAAUGUCCAGUGGUUGUCGAUGAAAACGUUAAUUUAGAAGUUGCUGCAAGACGGAUAAUUGCAGGCAAGUGGUGCUCAAACAACGGGCAAACCUGUGUUGCCCCUGAUUACGCAAUAACUACAAAAGCAUUUGCUUCAAAGUUGAUAGAUGCUCUGAUUUCUGAACUGGAGAAAUUCUUUGGGAAGGAACCGUUGAAAUCACAAGAUCUAUCGCGCAUUGUAAAUUCCAACCACUUCAAUCGCUUGGAAAAAUUAAUGAACGACGAGAAGGUUUCGGAUAAGAUAGUUCAUGGAGGUCAACGGGAUGAAACCAAUCUAAAGAUUGCUCCCACUAUUCUAUUUGAUGUUCCGGAAGAUUCUUUAAUCAUGAACGAGGAGAUAUUUGGUCCUUUACUUCCAAUUAUCACGGUCAACAAAAUUGAAGACAGUAUCAAUGUGAUCAAUGCUAGAGAAAAGCCGCUGGCUGCUUAUUUAUUCACAGAUGAGAAAAGGCUCGAGGAGGAGUUCAUUGGAAGCGUCUCUGCAGGGGGGAUGUCGAUUAAUGAGACUACUCUGCAGGUUACAGUUAACUCUUUACCAUUUGGAGGCGUAGGUGAAAGUGGAAUGGGUUCGUACCAUGGGAAAUUCUCUUUCGAUGCUUUCAGCCAUAAGAAGGCAGUUUUACGGCGUAGUUUUGCAGGGGAUGCGGCUACAAGGUACCCGCCAUACACACCGGAGAAAUUGCGACUCAUCAAGGCACUAUUAGAUGGCAAUGCACUCGGCAUUUUUCGAGCUUUAUUUGGUCGGUUAUGA